CCCUGUCUCAAAAACAAAAUUGAAGAUUUCCAUAAAUGCUCACUAGUAUUAGGUAAAAACAUAACUGUGUCUAUGACUAUGAGACAUGAGCAGUUUUGAGUAUAAGAUUACUAUAGUUUUUUUAAAAGGAAGACAGGCAAGUAACUCACCAUCCCCCCUCCCCCAAGAGAUGAAAAUUUAUCUUAGCAGGGCAGGGUGUUUAUUACGUGUACUCAGUCCCUGUACUCAGGAGCCUGAGUUCAAGUCCAUAUUGGACAACCCUGUCUCAAAAUUAAAAACAAAAACAAAAUACUGGAUUAAGGGUGUGCUGUAAAGAUACCGUUAAAGAACUGUGGUCAAUCGUGAUUAUGGAAAGGAGGGAGGGAAGGGAGAGACAGAAUGAGAGAAAAGAAAGCUGGUCUAUAUGGCUGCUGGAGUUCUGGAUGAUAGCUUGAGAACAGCCGAGUUUCUAGAGGUGGAGCCCAGGAUAAUUUAGGGACAAUGAGCGGGUGUUUUCCAGCUGUUGGCCUGCGGUGCCUGUCUAGGGUAUGCCGUGGCCUGGCGAGGGGGGCUCCCACCUCCCUAAGCCCCAUUGCUUCUCCUGCUGCCUGCUUGCUUCGGACUCUGGCAGAAACCCCACCCGCUGACACGUUCUUCCCAGGGAAUUGGCAAGUGAUUAGUGAUGAGCCCUACAACUCCUUGGAGGAGCUAUGUCUCAUCCCUAGCCCCCUGCCCAGUGCCAUCUGGCUGGAAACUCCCAAAGAGCCUCUAUGGGUCUUGUGUGGUCUGCAUACUUACCUGGACGGCAGGAUGGCUGCGCCCGGCGCGCCUCGCUUCCUCCUGACCUUCGACUUCGACGAGACCAUCGUGGACGAAAACAGCGACGACUCGAUCGUGCGCGCUGCGCCAGGUCAACAGCUACCUGAGAGCCUGCGUGCCACCUACCGCGAAGGCUACUACAAUGAGUACAUGCAACGCGUCUUCAAGUACCUGGGUGAGCAGGGUGUACGGCCCCGGGACCUGCGUGCUGUCUACGAGACCAUCCCCCUGUCGCCAGGCAUGGGUGAUUUGCUGCAGUUCAUAGCCAAGCAGGGCUCCUGCUUCGAGGUUAUUCUCAUUUCGGAUGCCAACACCUUCGGCGUGGAGAGUGCCCUGCGUGCCGCUGGCCACCACAGCUUAUUCCGCCGCAUCCUCAGCAACCCGUCCGGGCCGGACGCGCGGGGACUGCUAACACUGCGGCCCUUCCACACGCACAACUGCUCCCGCUGCCCCGCCAACAUGUGCAAGCACAAGGUGCUCAGUGAAUACCUGCGUGAGCGGGCCCGCGACGGCGUGCACUUCGAGCGCCUCUUCUACGUGGGUGACGGUGCAAAUGACUUCUGCCCCAUGGGGCUGCUGGCGGGCGGGGACGUGGCCUUCCCGCGCCGCGGCUACCCCAUGCACCGCCUCAUCCAAGAGGCACAAAAGGCCGAGCCCAGUUCCUUCCGCGCUCACGUGGUGCCCUGGGAAACAGCCACCGACGUGCGCCAACAUCUACAACAGGUGCUGAAGAUGUGUUGAAGACCAUCGCCUGCAAGGGGUGCCCGGGAGAACCGACAGAGCGGAGACAGGUCUGGGAAUUGGUUAAGACCACCUGGUUUUACUUCUUCCCCCUCGCUUUGCUACGCUCCUCUGGGCAAUUUUGGAAUUUUGUUCUCUUGUGGGCUGAGAGCGGAGGUUAAGAGCCGUCCCUAUCUAUGCAGUUAUCAUAGUUCGGCUGCCUCCCCUACAGGGAGUGGUGAGCACGCCUUGGAAGGCAGACAGUGUCCCUCGAACUGAGAGAAAGGGGCUCCUGGCAGUUGGGAGAAGGAACAUCUCCCACUUCUUUAGCUGCUGCUUCAGCUGGGCUGCGUGACCUCCCCUACGCAGUCUUCUCUCAGAAGGACUCAGGAUCCCCCAAUUCGCAUGCCAGCACCAGGUUCCUCGUGCAGACCCGUGAUGCUCUAGGAAGACAGCUCCUAAGCAUCCUUGAUCUUGCUUCAGCCACCGCAAUCCGACACUACUGCUGCGCUGGCUGCGCCUGGCUUCCUCACCCCCCCCCCCCUCCGUCCCCGCCAACGCCAGUUACCCCCAAAGGAAGAAAAGGCCAGAGGUAGCAGCCGCCUCCUGCUGAUGGAACGAGGUAGAACCAACCAAUGACCUCGGAGAGUGUGACAGAUCCUCUCACUCCGUCCUCAACUACCGCAGCAAGAAACUAGGGACUUCACCAAAGUCGUCCUCCGCAUCCCCCUCCGCCCUUAUGGAACAGAAAGCCAUGUUUUUAAAGCAGAGUCAGGGAAACCCAAGCCCCUCCCCUUCUCUGGUGUUUCAGACCUAUAAAGGAGGUGAAGGGGG